UUCAAGCUUUUGUGCACAUAAUCAGCAAUCAAAGGAAAUUGUGCAAACAAAUAGUACUUUAUUGGUUUUACUUCUAGAUAAGGUGGAGCAACAUUCAUUGCAAGAAAGCUAGAAUAGUUACUACAUGCUCAUCGAUGAUCAGAACUUGCCGGCCUUAGCAUACCCAUCAGAUUCUAUUUUUCAAUUUUCUAUUCUAUGCUUUCUUUUAGUUGCAGUCACUUUCCACUGUAAAUAAAAGACAAUAAAUAAGUCAUUUAGGUCUCUCAAAUGGACCAGUCCUUUAUAUUGUAAAAAUAGACGCUGAUGUUAUAUUAAGAAAACCAAAAACUGAAAAGAGUAAGUCCUCUGUGCUAACUUACUAUAUGGUGGCUUCCAAUCUUCUGAUAUUUGCGUACGUCAGUGCUAUAAUAAAAAAACCAAGUUGAGCAGGAAACAUAGUAACCCUCUUGUGAUGCCGGCGAGGUUGCAAGUAGCAUCUCACAAAUGGCAUUCUACCAUUCAUCCAAGUCCAACUUAACCUUCACUUCAUGCUUAUUUUCAAAGGGCAAUCAUGUAACUAGAUCCAUUUUCAUUUCGCUAUAAAUGUUACCUCUUUGCUUAUUCAAUCCAAGUGCAAAGAGUUAAUUUUGCCUUCUAAGCCAAGCUAGAAAAUGCGUGAGAUUCUGCACAUACAGGGAGGGCAAUGCGGGAACCAAAUAGGAACAAAGUUCUGGGAGGUGGUGUGUGAUGAACAUGGGAUUGACCCAACAGGGCAAUACGUAGGGAACACCGAACUUCAGCUUGAAAGAGUGAACGUUUAUUACAAUGAAGGCAGCAAUGGUCGUUACGUGCCACGGGCAGUGCUUAUGGACCUUGAGCCUGGUACCAUGGAUGCUGCCCGCACAGGCAUUUAUGGCCAGAUUUUCCGACCGGACAACUUUAUUUUCGGCCAGUCUGGUGCCGGAAACAACUUCGCAAAGGGCCACUACACUGAGGGUGCUGAGCUUAUUGACUCUGUCCUCGAUGUUGUAAGGAAGGAGGUUGAGAAUUGUGACUGCUUGCAAGGAUUUCAAGUGUGUCACUCCUUGGGAGGGGGAACAGGUUCUGGAAUGGGAACUCUGCUGAUUUCGAAGAUAAGAGAGGAAUACCCUGAUCGAAUGAUGCUUACAUUCUCUGUGUUUCCAUCUCCAAAGGUGUCAGACACGGUUGUUGAGCCUUAUAAUGCUACACUUUCUGUUCACCAGUUGGUGGAGAAUGCUGAUGAGUGUAUGGUCCUUGACAAUGAAGCACUAUAUGACAUCUGCUUCAGGACCCUCAAGCUCAGUACACCAAGCUUUGGAGACUUGAAUCAUUUGAUAUCAGCAACAAUGAGUGGAGUUACUUGUUGCUUGAGAUUUCCGGGUCAGCUCAAUUCAGACCUGAGAAAGUUAGCAGUAAACUUGAUCCCAUUUCCACGACUUCACUUCUUCAUGGUGGGGUUUGCUCCUCUGACAUCUCGAGGAUCGCAGAACUACCGUGCAUUGACUGUCCCAGAACUGACACAGCAAAUGUGGGAUGCCAAGAACAUGAUGUGUGCAGCCGAUCCGCGCCAUGGUCGUUACUUAACUGCCUCAGCGGUUUUUAGAGGCAAGAUGAGCACAAAAGAGGUAGAUGAACAGAUGUUGAGCGUACAAAAUAAGAACUCUUCCUACUUUGUUGAGUGGAUUCCCAACAAUGUGAAGUCUAGUGUUUGUGACAUUCCUCCCAAAGGCCUUUCUAUGGCUUCGACUUUUGUUGGUAACUCUACAUCCAUACAGGAGAUGUUCAGGAGAGUGAGUGAGCAGUUCACAGCCAUGUUCAGAAGGAAAGCCUUCUUGCACUGGUACACUGGAGAAGGAAUGGAUGAGAUGGAGUUUACUGAAGCAGAGAGUAACAUGAAUGAUCUUGUUGCAGAGUAUCAACAGUACCAGGAUGCAUCUGCUGGUGAAGAUGAUGAUUCCGGAGAAGAGGAAAAUGAGGGCGCUGAAAGCUGAGGGCGUUCGACAAACUUGAUGCUUCGAAUGUUACAAGCAGUAUUUAAUCUAUAAUGUUUAGUUCUUUGGCUUUUAGAAGGUUGUGGUUGCUGCAGUGCUUCUGUUCACCCCCUUCCCUCCAUAUGUGUUUUCUUUCUUAUAUUUUUAUCGAAAUACUAGACUUACUGCAGAAUGAGUAUUUCGUAAGCUAACUUGGUAAAAUCUUAUAAUAUUUCAAUACAGCCAUCUCAUCAUGAUAUUGGACACCACAUAGUACAUAUAGUGCAAGCGUGCAGGUUAGGGUGUUUGCCGAGGGAAUAUUCAUACAUCAAUCUAAUUGGAAUGAAUAUCACGUAAAUCGUGAAAAUAUUAUUUUAUAACAAGUAAUAACAGUUAAUGAUCGGAAACGGUGAAUCGCAGUGGAAAGAUGUAUAAAUACUCAAUUCGCAUGAGAUAUGCAUUUAUAUGAAUAGAUUUUCUACUCCAGGCAAUUUUCAUAGAUAAAUCAAUACAAAUAAUUGAAGCAGGGAAUGUAAAUAUGCAUUCUAUACUCCAUAUGAACACCAUUCUUUAUAUACAGACAGAUGGGUCGACUGUUUUUGCAGUCUUGAAAAGUUACCAAAUUACAUUUUCCUAUGCUUGAACUAAUCCGAUCCCAAGCUAAAUAACUUCAAAAAGUGAACAGUUACAUUUACAUCAAGGCAGUAAAAUUUAUCAAAUGUAAAUUUCACCACUAAAAGGGUAGAAUUUAUUAAGGGCCUAAAAAACAAGUCUACCUUAUUCAAGGAUCGAACCCUGGUUCGGUUCAUAGAACAAAUGCCUUCGGCUA